AUGUAGCCCUUCAGCAGUGUCUGGGCUUCUAGACACCCACAGUUCUCCUGGUGUUCCAUGUUAGACUUUGGCUGGAGUCCAGUCAACCCAUGAUGCAUUCCUGGGGCCACCUACACUGUUGUUAUUUUCUUUAUUAUUUUCAGUGCUGGGAAUGGAAGCCAGGGCCUUCUGCAAGUAGCCAAGUGCAGUAGCACUAAGCCAGGCCUGUAGAUCCCUUCUGGGAGAUUCUAGGCAAGGGCUCCACUGGUGAACCAUACUGGCACCCAGCCACUCACUGUGAGGUUUUAGGCAGGGACUCCACCCAUAAGCCACACUGCCUCCACUUGGGAGAGGGAGUUCUGUGGUUGAUAUAUUUGUACCUUAAUAAACUUAUCUGGGGUCAGAGAAUAGAACAGCCAACACAUUAGACAUAGAGGCCAGAAAAUGAUGGCACACACACCUUUAAUCCUAUCACUUGGGAGGCAGAGAUCCAUGUGGAUCUCUGUGAGUUCAAGGCCACACUGGAAACAGCCAGGCAUGGUGACACACACCUUUAAUCCCAGCACUUGAGAUAUCAUGUCUUGCUUGGGAAAGACACACGCCUUUAAUCCCAGGAAGUGAUGGCAGGAAACAGAAAGGUAUAUAAGGUGUGAGGACCAGGAACUAGUGCCUUUUCAGCUUUUAGGCCUUUAGCAGCAGUUCGGCUGAGAUCCAUUCCGGCGAGGACUCACAAGCUUCAGUCUGCAGAUUCGUGGAAACAGGAUCUGAUCAGGAGUUGUCGAGGAAACAAUUACUCUUUGUAAGAAAUCACAGUAGAAAGAAAAUUUACAAUAUCUACGUUUAUUUCCUAGUGUGUUAUUAAAUGGAACUUUAUGUGUCAUCAUAACACAGUAGAAGCAGCGACGGGUCGGAUAACCGUUUGUGAGGAUGACACGGCAUGGUAAGAACUGUACUGCAGGGGCUGUCUACACCUACCAUGAGAAGAAGAGGGACGCAGCGGCCUCAGGCUAUGGGACCCAGAACAUCCGACUGAGCCGGGACGCCGUGAAGGACUUUGACUGCUGCUGUCUCUCACUGCAGCCCUGCCAUAAUCCUGUGGUCACCCCAGAUGGCUACCUGUACGAACGGGAGGCGAUCCUGGAGUACAUCCUACACCAGAAGAAAGAGAUUGCCCGGCAGAUGAAGGCCGAUGAGAAGCAGCGAGCAGCCCGGAGGGAAGAGCAGAAACAGCUUCAGCGAGCUGCAGCCCAGGACCAAGUUCGAGGCUUCCUGGAGAAGGAGGCAGCCAUCGUGAGCCGGCCCCUCAACCCCUUCAUGCCCAAAGCUGCCACCUUACCCAACACAGAUGGUGAGCAGCCAGGGCCCAGGGCGGGUCCCCCAGGCAAGGACAAGAACAAAGCGCUGCCCAGCUUCUGGAUUCCCUCACUGACGCCUGAGGCAAAGGCCACCAAGCUGGAAAAACCAUCUCGCACUGUGACCUGCCCGAUGUCUGGGAAGCCUCUACACAUGUCGGACCUGAUGCCAGUGCACUUCACGCAGCUGGACGACUCUGGAGACCACGUGGGACUCAUCACACACAGUGAGCGCUACGUGUGUGCUGUGACCCGAGACAGCCUGAGCAAUGCCACACCAUGUGCAGUGCUGUGGCCCUCUGGGGCUGUGGUCACCCUGGAGUGUGUAGAGAAACUGAUCCAGAAGGACAUGGUGGACCCGGUGAACGGGGAUCCGCUGACAGAACGUGAUAUCAUCGUGCUGCAGCGCGGCGGUACCCGCUUCGCAGGCUCAGGAGUGAAGCUACAGGCAGAGCUGUCUCGGCCAGUGAUGAGAGCCUGA